AUGUCUACUACAAAUGAUACAUCAUUAUCAUCAUCAUCAUCUUCCAAUGAUAGUCCGUUAGUGAUUUCACUACAACAUGACACUGAUGGUAAUCUUAUGGAAGACGUCGGUGUCGAAUCAGUCUUAACUAGAAAUGAUAACAUAAAUCAAUCAAACAAUUCUUCUUCUAAUAUAAUAAUUAUGAAUCAACAGACAAUUACGAAUCAGUUACCUCCACUACGACAACAACCAUCAAUAUAUACUGUACAAGUAGAGCCUGUACCAAACUCAUCGACUACAAAAUCAUUCUUAAUAUCGAAAUAUGAAAGAGAUAUUCCAGCUUAUUUAAUGGGUACCAAUUGUACAUUUGAACAAAUGAUUAAAAAAGAGCAAAAUCACGCUAUACAUUCAGUUAAUAUUCAUAUCUUACGUGAAAUAGCUCUUCUCCUU